ACAAUAUAUUGCCACGUUUUCAACCUAACUAACCCUAACCCUAUUAGAUAAACCAGUGUUGUCCGCUGAUAAAUCACAAGUCCAGAUUUUAUGGUCAGUUUCACGAAUUCAUAGGCACGUCAGAACCCUUUCUCUCUCGAAGCCUCUCUCACCCCCUCUGUCCAUCUAUCUAGUCGCCGCCUCUAUCACUCACCAUGCCUCGCCGAAGCUCUGGAGGAAGAUCUGCCCGCCCAGCUCCUCGACCUGCCCGAGCUCGCAGCCCACCUCCCCAAACAGUUAACCAUGCUCCUCCACCAGCUCAUGCUCAGAGCAGCGGUGGUGGAUCAAUUCUUGGAGGCAUUGGUUCGACCAUAGCUCAGGGCAUGGCUUUUGGCACUGGAAGUGCUGUGGCACACAGAGCUGUAGAUGCUGUGAUGGGUCCUCGCACUAUUCAACAUGAAACUGUGGUCUCUGAGGCUGCAGCCGCCGCAGCACCCACUGCAAGCAGUAUGGGUGGUGCUGAUGCAUGCAAUAUCCACACCAAGGCAUUCCAAGAUUGUGUGAACAACUUUGGAAAUGACAUCAGCAAGUGCCAGUUCUACAUGGACAUGUUGACCGAGUGCAGGAAGAACUCAGGCUCCAUGUUGGGUGCCUAAGAGUUGUCGCUUUGCUUUGCCAUGAAAUGGAGCAUAUACUUUUAACUUAAUUUCUAUCAUGAUCUAUCCAUGUGAUGAUGAAGAAGCUGCUGUCCAUUUAUGAUACAUUUAAUAAUUUUUGUGGUUAACUACUGGACUUGGAGGACUAAGUACUGGACCUUUCCCAGUUAUUAUUUGAACCAGGUUCUCAGAUUGCUAUUCCAA